AUGUCAGGGUCGGGAUUCACUUCCUCAGGGCCCUCCGCCACAGCAGCUGGAGGUAGCCGUCUACCUGCUGUGCACGAUGCAAACGCCACAUGGGCUUUCCUUGAGCCAGGCAUUGAUCUCAUGAUGACCCGUCUGAAGGAAGGCAUGACGUAUCCACGCUACAUGGAGCUCUACACUGUCGCCUACAACCAUUUCACCUCAUCUUCGCUCGCUUCCUCGUCGACGGCGCUCGGCCGUUCCUCCGGACCUUUUGGCUCAAAAGGUGGCACCGCCCUCGUCGGCGCUGAACUUUACAACCACUUGACUGUCUACUUCCGCACACAUCUUGAACAGGUGCGCACCGACUCUGACGGCCUCUCGGAAGAGGCACUGCUCCGCUACUAUGCUACCGAGUGGGACCGCUACACGACCGGCGCCAACUUUGUUCACCGCCUGUUUGCAUACCUCAAUCGCUACUGGGUCAAGCGCGAGAAGGACGAGGGCCAUAAGUACGUCUACACAGUCUACAUCUUGGCGCUCGUGCAGUGGAAAGAGCACAUGUUCCGCUACAUUCAGCAGAAGGGCCGCCUGGUGCAGGCUCUGCUCAAGCAAAUCGAAAAGCAGCGAAAUGGUGAAAUCAUCGAAGCUUCGCUCGUCAAGAAGGUCGUGGACUCACUUGUUUCGCUCGGCCUCGACGAGUCGGAUACCAACCGUCAGAACCUGGAUGUGUACCGCCAAGAAUUCGAAAAGCCUUUCAUCGAGGCUACCGAGAUUUACUAUAUCACCGAAUCCGAUGCCUUUGUAUCUCAAAAUGCGGCUACGGAUUACAUGAAGAAGGCCGAGACCCGACUCAAGGAGGAAGAGGACCGUGUCGAGCUUUAUCUGCAUGCCUCUACGCGUACCAAACUCGUGCCCACUUGCGACAACGUGCUGGUACGCCGUCACUCGGCGAUGCUCUGGGACGAGUUUCAAGAGCUGCUCGACUCGGACCAGGCGGACGAUCUGUACCGCAUCUACACACUCCUCUCGCGCAUCCCUGAAGGCCUCGAGCCGCUGCGACGGAAAUUCGAAGAACACGUCAAGCGUGUCGGACAUUCUGCCGUCGAAAAAGUGAUGGGUGGUGGCGAUGUUGGUAGCGCUGAUACUGGUGCUGCUACUAACGGCGCUGCAGGUUCUUCGGCUGCUACAGCUGCGGCUCCUGCAGCGAGUGAUUCUCUGGACCCAGGCGCGUACGUGUCUGCACUGCUUAAAACGCACCAGAGCAACCUCAACACGGUCAACGUCGCGUUCCGUGGCGAAGCAGGAUUCCUGGCCGCACUCGACAAAGCUUGUCGCGACUUUGCUAACCGCAACAAGGCGACUGGCGCUUCGACUUCGAAAUCGCCUGAGCUGCUCGCCAAGCACGCGGAUGCACUGCUGAAAAAGUCCAACAAGGCUACGGCCGAGAACUCGCUCGAGGAGGCUCUGGCAGAUGUGAUGGUGGUGUUCAAGUACAUUGAGGACAAGGACGUCUUCCAGAAGUUCUACUCCAAGAUGCUUGCCAAGCGUCUGGUCAAUUUCGCGUCUGCAUCAGACGACGCUGAAGCGAGUAUGAUUUCGAGACUCAAGGAGGUGUGUGGAGUGGAGUACACGAAAAAACUUCAAACAAUGUUUACGGACAUGGGUCUGAGCAAGGAGCUUAACGAUCACUUCAAGGACACGAUGGCGAAUCAUUAUGAUAAGACGGAGCUAGAUGUGGACUUUUAUUCGUUGGUUCUCGGGAGGAGUUCGUGGCCGUUGCAGGCGCCUACGACGGAGUUUUCGAUUCCGACCGAGUUGCUGCCCACGUACGAGCGCUUCCAGCGCUACUAUUCGGUGAAACAUCAGGGUCGAAAGUUGAUCUGGCUUUGGCAACUCAGUAAGAACGAGGUCAAGACAAAUUACCUUUCGCAGAAGUUGCAGUUUCAGACGUCCACUUUUCAGACAGCCGUGUUGCUGCAGUUUAACACGAACGACUCAUUGACCAAGACGCAAUUGCAGCAAGCGACUGGCUUGAACGAUGCCACAAUUAAGCCGGUGCUGGGCAUGUUGUCGAAAGCCAAAGUGUUGGUGACUUCAUCGUCGGACCCGGAGGCGUACGAGUUGAACGCCAACUUCAAGUCGAAGAAGUUGCGCGUAAAUCUCAACUUGCCCGUAAAGGCCGAGCAGAAGGCAGAAUCAAAUGAUGUGCUCAAGACGAUCGAUGAGGAUCGAAGGUUGUUGCUGCAGGCAACCAUUGUCAGGGUCAUGAAGAGCAGGAAGCAGUUGAAGCACCAGGCGCUUAUCCAGGAAACUGUCGCACAGGUCAGUGGUAGAUUCAACCCGAGGGUCUCUGAUAUCAAAAAGGCUAUCGAUCAAUUGAUCGAUAAAGAGUACCUCGAGAGACUCGAAGGUAGCAAGGAUACCUAUUCCUACUUGGCGUAA